AUGAGCCGCAAUCCAGUUGCUGGUCAGAAUGUGAAUAUUACACUUCAAAAUGUAGGACCAGUGGUUGCAGGAAAUCAACAGAUAACACUGACACCACUGCCUAUCCCUAAUCCCGCCUCCCCUGGAUUCCAGUUUAGUUCCCAGACAAGGAGGUUUGAACAUGGAUCUCCUUCCUAUAUUCAGGUCACUUCUCCAAUGUCUCAGCAAGUCCAAACACAAAGCCCAACACAGCCUAGUGCUGUGCCAAUCCAAGCAUUGCAAGGUGUUAGAGCUGCUACAGCUGGAGCUAGCUUGGGAAUGUGUAGUCAGAGUCCAACACGUGGUUUUGUGGAUGCUAGUGUCCUGGUGAGACAGAUAAGCUUAAGUCCUUCAAAUGGUGGACAUUUUGUCUUUCAAGAGGGACCUGGACUUGCACAAAUUGCACAGGGAGCAACAGCACAGGUACAGCUUCCAUCUGGUGCUGCACAAGCCACAAUAAGAGAGCGCAGGCUUUCACAGCCUCAUUCUCAGACCGGAGGCACUAUUCAUCACCUUGGACCCCAAAGUCCCGUGGCAAGUGGGGCAAACCUGCAGACCUUGACCACACCAAGCCACAUAACAACCACCAACCUUCCCCCCCAAAUCAGCAGUAUUAUACAAGGUCAGCUUAUUCAGCAACAACAAGUUCUUCAUGGGCAGCAGCUGGGCAGGACCAUCAGCUUUGAUAGGACUUCUGGGGGAAUGAUAGCUGGAGUAGCUGCAGCUUCAUCUUUUGGUAUAACGUCACCUCCUACCCCUACAAGUCCAUCACGAAUCACAGGUUCCCAGGCACUUUCUAGUCUUUCUUUAACCCCAACAGUAAGUACAGUCAAGAAACAAAGUAAGAAGCUUGAGGAAAUUCCUCCUGCAACUGCUGAAGAUGCACAGAUGAGAAAGCAGUGCUUGGAGCAUCACAAUAAGUAUAUGAAAGGCAUGAAAGAAAAUUUCAAGGAUUACUUGAUUGAGCUGUUCUUCUUGCAACAUUUUCAAGGAAACAUGAUGGAUUUCUUGGCAUUUAAAAAGAAACCUUCAUUGGGUCUUCAGGGUUACCUCAGGCAAAAUGACUUGGACCUAGAAGAGGAAGAAGAAGAAGAGGAGCAGUCUGAAGUUAUAAAUGAUGAGGUAAAGAUUGUGACAGGAAAAGAUGGGCAGACUGGUACUCCUGUUGCUAUAGCAACCCAGCUUCCUCCUAAUGUUUCUGCUGCUUUUUCAUCACAGCAGCAGCCAUUUCAGGUACCUUUUUUGAUGGUUCUACAGUGUGGCCUCAUCUCAGAUUUACUUUUUUUUCCAUCCAUUCCAAUUUUAUUUUUCUAA